GUCAACUGAAAUUGUAGUUAUCCCGCACAGAUAAAAGUUUUACAACUGUAAUGGUAGUGAUAGUAGUUGGUCCACGUUGAAUGUUUAAUUUGUUGUGAAAAUGUAAUUAUAAAUAAUAAAGUGUAUAUAAUUGUGAUUUGGAAGGACGUGGGCAAUGGAUAAACAUGCACCCUAUACAGUAAUUUACUAAAGCAAAUAUUGGAUAAGUGGUUAUUCACAAACAGAUAUGCCGCGGCCGUCGCGCGAGACGUACGGAGACCAAAAGCCGCCAUAUUCGUACAUCUCUCUGACGGCCAUGGCCAUCUGGAGCUCACCGGAAAAGAUGCUACCGCUUUCAGAGAUCUACAGAUUCAUCACCGAUCGCUUUCCGUACUACAGGCGAAACACGCAGCGAUGGCAAAACUCCCUUCGACAUAACUUGUCAUUUAACGAUUGCUUUAUCAAGAUUCCGCGACGUCCCGACCGACCGGGAAAAGGAGCUUUUUGGGCUCUGCAUCCUUCGGCAUUGGACAUGUUCGAAAAUGGUAGCUUUUUGCGGCGGCGAAAAAGGUUUAAGUUACCCAAGAACGUGUCGCAAGAAUUGGCAACACUAACCAAGUUACAAAAUAGUUCCUAUAGCGGCGUUCCAAUGCCCGAAUCGAGCGCCUCGGUAAAUGUUUCAACCGCUCCAGCGUCACCAUGUUCCAUUAAUCUGCAACUUCCUCUGCCAACCAUCACGCAAACUAGUUCAAUUAAAUCGUUUAGUAUAGACAGCCUUAUGCAGCCUGACGCAAAGACUUCGCUGUGUACCGCGCAAUCGACCUCGGCUUUAAAUUCGGAGUGCGGCAUACCUAGGCAUCCCUGGCUGGGAUUAUUUCCACCCACGCCAAAUGCACGUGCCGAAGACUUCAAUCGCGAGGAACUGUUGGCCGUACAGCAAGCGGCGCUUUUCGAAUAUGCCGCCGCUUUAAUGUCCAUGAAUAACGUGAACGCGACACUAACGCCGGGAAUAAUAAAACCGCACCCCAUCGUUCCAAGUGCACUUUUCCCCAGCGCGUACCGCCCCGUGCCGGUACAAUACACGUUUAGCAAUGUGAGUUCCUUAUUCUAUAAGACUGACCGUGAAUGUGAUAACCCCGAUAGAAACACUAUUUUAACCCCUAGUGCUAUACCGAACCAAAGGGUUAGGGAGAGUAAUUUGGAACAGUCGCCGACGUGACUUUUAAACGUGAUGAUUGUCAGAUGAAAUGUAUAUUGAGCAAAACAGUCAUUGUUUAGCGUACCUUCGUAUACUAUUUCGAAAUAAAUACUAUGUAAAUAAUUAAAUGUGCAAUAUUGU